AUGGUUUCCAAGACUUUUGUUCUGUUGGGUCUCUUUGCAUUUCUUCUCGUCGUUUCAGAAAUGGCUGUGGCAUCUUCACGGCAGUUGGGGACAGUGAAGUCAGAGAGUAAGGAAACUGUGCAACCUGAAGGAUAUGGUGGUGGCCACGGCGGCCAUGGAGGUUACAACGGAGGAGGACACAGCGGUGGUGGAGGAUACAGCGGAGGAGGAGGAUACAAUGGAGGAGGAGGAUACAGCGGUGGUGGAGGAUACAGCGGUGGUGGAGGACACAACGGCGGUGGAGGAUACAGCGGUGGUGGAGGACACAACGGCGGUGGAGGAUACAGCGGUGGUGGAGGACACAACGGCGGUGGAGGAUACAGCGGAGGAGGAGGACACAACGGCGGAGGAUACAGCGGAGGAGGAGGACACAACGGAGGUGGAGGAUACAACGGAGGAAGAGGAGGCCACGGAGGACGCGGUGGACACGGAGCAGAAGCCGUUCAGACUCAGACUGGUCACUAA